GUACUCCUCGCCUAGUCAUCAGUCUUAGUUUGUUGACAAAGACACCCAAGACACAUUGCCACAAUAUCCUGGCAUGGCCAUCACUCCGCUCCCAUAAGGCAUUGAUAUUCAGCCCGACGCAGAAUUUAUGAGUCCUGAUUGAAGAUUCAAAAGUGAGUCAGUGCUUGGUUUGUGAUUCCGGCCCGUCUGACCUGACACACGCACACCAGCCAGAGUCUGAUUGGGACGAGUCCUGACCAAAACGGGUGGGCCCCAUCCCUGACGACGCUCGGGGAUGACGACCCAUGACCUCAGCCUCGCGGAUUAAGCCGACCUUCAGGCCCGUGAUUGGCCCGGGUGUGGCGUGAUCAUGGCUCAACAACCCCAAGCCCCGCCCCUGUCACCCAUGAGCGAUGGGGCCUUGCGCGCCGCUUUGGCUCAACUGAUGAGUCCAGAGCGCAUCCCGCCCAUCAAUGAGCACACUCGAGCCGGUCUGCAACGCCGGGUCCAGCGUGACCUAGACCCACGGGCCCAGACCUCGGUUCCACCCGCGAUUGAGCCCGAGCCGGUCGCCGGUCCGCCUCAGUCUUGCGUGCAAACCCUGGUUUUUUUCGAUUUAGAGGCCACGGGGUUGCGCGGGUCCAGGCCCCGCAUCACGGAGUUGGCCUUGGUCGCCAUACACGUGACAGCCUUCCGGGACUUCCAGCGAACUUUAAGUCAAAGUGAUGACCCGAGUCAAGCCCGUCCCCGCGUCUUGAAUCGAUUGAAUCUGUGUUUUCGUCCGGGGCGGCCCAUUCCUCCCUUGGUGUCGGAUUUGACCGGAUUGGAUAACCAAAACUUGGCGGACCAACCCCGCUUUUCCGACCAGACCGUGGCCUUAUUGCGUGUCUUUUUGGACCAACUCCCCGCCCCCGUGUGCUUGCUGGCCCACAAUGCUCGGGCUUAUGACGUACCUUUACUACGGGCCGAAAUCCGUCGGGCCUCAACCAACGGUCAGCCCGUUACCUUUGAUUACCCCGUAUUGGACACUCUACCCGCCCUUCGUCAGAUUUGUGCCCACCGUUCGAAAGACGAAGAGGGUCCAUCGGCGCAUUCCAGCGCCGGUCAUGGUCAUCCGGACUAUGAUGACCUCGGGGUGCGGCCGCUCGUUGACUCGGAUUCGGAGCUCGAGCUGAACCCGGAGGAGGACGACAUAACCGAUCAGGAUCUCCUGGCCGCCUCGGUGGCCACCCAUCGCGAAACGUGGGAAGGGGCCCAAACCCCAUCGCUCCCUGCCACGCCCAGCAAAGGGUUCUCCACGCCUCUAACUCCGCCCACCUCGUCGGCCAAGCGACCGCCGACGCAUAAUCACCGGGUCAAACCGACGCCGCUACCGUUCGUCGGACGGCCCGAUUCCUGCCUCGAUCCCCUCGACGUGACACCGGAUCGAGCCUGUGCCCGGAGUCCCGGUCAUAACCCGCCCCCUCCUGCCCCCAAGCGACGCAAGAAAGUCCCCGCUGACCCCGCAUCGUCGGCCAUGAAUCGAGCUAAAAAGCGACUCGACUUCGACCAACCUCCGUCUUUCAAACUCCCUCUUCUGCAUCAACACUUCUUGGGGUCUUUACCCCGCGAAUCCCACGGGGCCGAGAGUGAUUGCCUCAGCCUUUUACGCGUGUGUGCCACACAAGCAUCGGCCAUCCUGGACCUAAUCCCUAAUAGGUCCCAGACAUUGGCCAGUGCCGAACCCAUGUGGUGAAAAAUGAAUCUAUGCACCCCCCGUCCGCUUUAUUGUUGUAUGAUUGACACACGAGUUGUCAAACCUCAAAGAAUUUUACAUUCACAAAAAUAUAUAUAUAUAUACAUGUAUGUGUGUAGCUAUGAACCCGCAUUUAUUUUCAACAAUAAACAGUAUUGAAAAGUC